AUGAUAAUAUCUGUACUCAUAAAUAAAUCUCGAGUUAAGCGUGUGGUAAUUGAACCAGGUAGUUCAGCCAAUAUCAUUAGAUCGAGGGUCGUAGAACAACUGGGUAUACAAGACCAAAUAGUUCCUGUAGUCCGGGUUUUAAACGGAUUUGACAUGGCAUGUGAGAGUACUAAAGGGGAAAUAACCCUACCGGUGAACAUCGUCGAGACCAUUCAGGAGAAGAAGUUCUAUGUGAUUGAAGAGGAUAUGAGAUAUAAUGCUCUAUUCGGAAGGCCAUGGAUUCACAACUUGAGGGCAAUAACCUCGACACUACACCAGGCACUGAAGUUCCCCACACCGGGAAGGGUCAAGAUGGUUUACGGGGAGCAGCCGGCCGCAAAAGAAAUGUUCAUGGUCGAUGAGGUGAUCCCAAUUUUGACACUCUUGAAAUCAAAGAACCUGGAGCCUAUUAGGAAGGAAGGAACUAAAUAG